AGAUCCAUGUGACGCGGACUGGACCCCACAACUCUGCCAAUUCUGCAGUGGGAAUUCCAUCUUGCCAGGCGCCUACUAGUCACAGUUCAUCUGUUUGGUGGCUUUUCUUGUUUCUUCCAGGGAUGGAGGAUCAUCAAGUUCUUCAUGCUUUGGCUUCUGAGGGAUCUGUUGCUGAUGCAAAUCUUGUCCUUGAUCAGCGUAGCUCCCUCUAAAGAAAGCAAGCGAACGGAGCCUGACUUUAAAGGCCAAUGACUGAUUAGAUUGAGUUGAAGAACUGCUUCGUAUUGUUUGUAGCAGCAAAACUUUAAGCACUGUGUUCGUGAUGAGAUUAUGUUCUCCACAUUGCUCAGGAGCAAAAGGCCGUACCUGUUCAUCUUGCCGAAGUAAACCCAUCCCAUUGACUUUAGUCACAGCAAACUCAAGCAUUGAAGUCUACCAAUAAUUUGAGCCUGUCGCUGACUGGGACUGAGCCCCGGAUUAACUUGUGAUAGGCAUAAAACUGCUCGGUGGUCUCCUCCGUGCGAGUCAAUGUGGGGCGAAUGCACGGAUAACAAUCGCAUGUCGCUUGUGGCUGACAGGCAACUCAGUGCAAGAUCCCUACUCUGCAAGACUGGUGUCGCUUAGGGCUGCAAUGUCAGUGCUGUGAUGUAAAAGUUGUUUGGAGACUAGGGCUGCUUCCAACGGGGCCUCGUUGAAUUGUCCCUGACCAUAGGAAUACGGGCCUUCCAUGUUCUAAUAAGGAGUUUCUUUCUGUUUUGGUUUCGACCGCAUAAAUGGAUGAUCUGCCAGCCGCGGCAAACUGGCCAGGUGUUUAUGGGGCAGACGGUGUUAAGUCCACCUUUUCUGGGCCUAUAUAUUAAACUGUGUACUGCAGCUGCGGUAGACUAAUUUUACAUCCUGCAGCCGCAAUCAGUCCUUCACAUUGGUCUUUGGCCACCUGGUCUUGUCGUGGGCGAGUAACUGUAGGCAAUGGAUGUUUCGCGGUGCGGAGGGGUCCGAGUCUAGCCCGUUUGAGGUCAGCACGUAUUGUGCCCGGUAGAUUUAUGCAAUACCGUCCUCGUCUGGGUUUGUAGGCUUGAGAGCCAGUAACGGCAAAGUCAAAGGCCCUCUGAGCGGGUGUGUCAGGGUCCAUACGUAGGACAUGGCCUAACAUUGACCAUCUUUGCUUUGUGACCUUUGAUGAGAGGGGUUCUUCAUUUCACAGUUCGUAUAGUGCCUGGUUGCUGAUAAGGCUCUUUGGCCAGCAGUGACCUGUGAUGAUACGGAGGUUUCUGCGGUGGCACGCAUCCAGCUUGUCAAGCAUGGCUUUGGGUACUGCCCAAAGCCAUGCUUUCUGGGCCUCUUCCCAUCAAAAGGUGAGCAGCGUUGUUCUGAAGACGACUGCUUAGUCGACUAGAUGCUGACUGGCUGAUAUUCUGCGCCGGGUACAGAGAACCACAAAUGGUCCCAGGAUGCAGGUUCGUGACUACAACUCCCAGUGGUCACCACAUAUGUUGCUUCGCCACUCCCCUGUCACCGAAGGACUUGCAGAACACAAGAAGAGGGAGGAGAAAUGUCAGCUCAGUUGAUGGAACAGCAAUAGCAGGAGAUGAUUAUUCGCCGGUUUUACAAACGUUGAAUUUCACUUUGACGAAAAACCUAGUUAGCGUUUACGUGACAAUCCAUGAUGACGAGUCCGCUGAGGACACCGAGUGUUUCACACUGAAACUGGAGAACACUGGCUACACUGGGCCACCAACUGAAAUUUGCAUCGUUGACAAUGAGGUCUGGGCAUACAAUUUUGAGCAGGCAUCCUACUCUACAAAUGAAGGAGAUGGCCCUGUUGAUAUCACCGUUAUACGCACUGGAGAUUCGGCUUUGGAGAGUUCACUUGUUGAUGUCGUGAGUUCUGAUGGAACUGCUAUCGCAGGACAGCAUUAUGUUUCGUUGAAUACUACCCUGGACUUUACAGAUACAAAUAACACAGUAUUCACGGUCACAAUAAUUGACGAUGACAGCGUGCAAGGCACACAUUGUUUCAACUUGUCUUUGGUGAAUCCAGAUCCAAGCGAUGGACAAGUUGGUGCUGAUACAGAAAUCUGCAUCAUUGACAAUGAAGAUGUAGUCAAGCCAGUCUUUGAUCAAUGCCCUCCUGUACUCCAAGCAAGCUACCCAACUGACUUGAACCUCCCAACAGCCGUCGUCAGCUGGACUCCACCAAAUGUAGCUGAUAACAGUGGAGGAACUGUCACGGUCGAUGCCAGUCAUAUGCCAGGGGAGGCAUUCGACAUUGGAGUAACAAGAAUCACGAUGAAUGCAACUGAUGAAAGUGGCAACAUGGAAUCAUGCGUGUUCAAUGUCACUGUUGUUGACGACCAGCGACCCAAUGUGACCUGCCCUACUGGCUUCACACUCUACACUGAUCCACAAUCCAAUGUUAGCACUGGUGGCUGGUCUCUGCCUGAUGAUGCAUUUGAUAAUUCAGGUGUCUUCACUGCGACAUCGUCACUGGAUCCUACAGAGCCACUGGGUGUUUCUAAUCACCACGUCUCCUACACUGUUGUGGAUGCAGCCGGCAAUGACAUUAAUUGUGAUUUCUACAUUACUGUGCUUGACAACCAGGAUCCCUACUUUGAGCCAUGCCCAGCUUCGUUCACAGUUCAAACUGACCCACAGCAGAACACCGCUAAUGUGUCAUGGCCGCCUGUCAUUCCGAUGGACUUCGUUGCAGUUCAGGAGUAUAACUCCAACUACCAGCCUGGGCACUUAUUUCCAAUUGGUGACACAGACGUUGAGUACAACGUGACCGACACGUCAGGGAAUAAAGGUUCCUGCUUUUUUGUGGUGACAGUUGAAGACAUGGAGCCUCCUGCUAUUACUUGUCCCAGUGCAGCCAUUGUUACUGACACAGACCCUCAACGGAGUGUCGCUAAUGUGACAUUUGUCACGACUGCUGCUGACAAUAGUGGGGAGUGGACAGUGUCAUGCACCCCAGCCUCGGCAACCAACUUCCAAGUUGGAGUGCAGAAUGUCAUGUGUAUCGCCACUGAUCCCUCGGACAACACCGAAACCUGCUCAUUUGCAGUCUUGGUAUCAGACAAUGAAGAUCCGGUCUUCGAUACCUGUCCAUCUGAUAUCACACUCAAUGAACCACUGGAGAGUUUCGUAAACUUCACUAUCAUGGUCAACUGGACACGACCCGGGGUGACCGACAACGUUGGCGUGGUUCGAUUGGAUGUAACUCAUGAACCAGGCAGUGUCUUUGGCAUUGACAGUCACCUGGUUAUGUACACAGCCUACGAUGCUGCUGAUAAUAUGGCUACUUGUCAGUUCAACGUCAUUGUGAAUGACGUGCAGCCGCCAGUUAUUACCGGCUGUCCCGUGAACCUUCCUAGGUUCCCGACGGACCCCACUCGGGAUACAGCCAGAGCAUUCUGGGAUGAACCUCAAGCUUCAGACAACUCGGGCAGCGUAACUCGGACCUCUAACUAUGAUGUUGGUGAUGCGUUCCCUGUCGGAGAUACCGUGGUGGUGUACACGGCAGAGGAUGGCAGUGGUAACGCCGUCAACUGCAGCUUUGUUGUCCAGGUCUAUGAUAAUGAGCCUCCUACAUUUACUGGCUGCCCCUUCCAAGGAGUCACCAGUGACACAGGUCUGCAGAGCGAUCGUGGAGUAGCUUCGUGGUCAGAACCACAAGGCACAGAUAACGUGGCGGUAGCCAGUGUACAGUCAGACUACCGGCCAGGAGAUAGCUUCCCAUUGGGUGCAACUGUCGUCACAUACAAUGUGACUGAUACCGCAGGAUUGGUCGCCGAAUGUGCAUUUACGAUUACCAUUUCGGAUGGUGAGAAUCCCAGCUUGACCAACUGCCCAGCGAGUUUCACUCUAACGGUGGAGUUAGCCACAGACACAGCCGUUGCAGAUUGGACCCCGCCGACUGCCUCGGACAACUCCGGCACAGUGACCCUGUCUACGACCUUUGAACCCGGCCAGUCACUUUUGCCUGGUGAAUACAGCGUGACGUACACCGCCACCGAUCCGGCAGGCCGGACAGCAACAUGUCCUGUCUUCACUAUCACUGUGGAACCAAAUCACAAUGAAUGUUCUCUGCCAGAAGUCAUGGGGGAAUGUUCAUCUCGAGGAUUGACUUGUGUCAAUCAGCUGGAAGGUUACACAUGCGACUGUCCCACCGGCUUUUUCAAGGCUGGAAACUCAGAUAACUGCCUGCAAGGAAGAAUGUUUCGUUUUACUUUCGUCAUUGUGGAGAUCAGCAACAGCCCAGCUGUAUUCACAAACGAGCUCACUGAUCCCACCUCAGUUGCGUUUCUUUCACAUCAGAGACGCCUUGAGAACUUGUUCAGUAUUGCCUUCGGCAAUCUAUCCGAGUUCGGCCGCAUCAUUGUCUUGUACUUCUUCAGUGGUAGCAUAGGUGUGGAAGCAUUGAUUUCAGUCAACGGGAACUCCACGGCCAACCAAACGGAGGUGGAAAAUUCCAUUGAUGCCGCAAUCUCAGCAGAUAAUUUAUUCUUAAAUUCAGAAUAUAAGCUGAACCCCAGCGCCACUACCUUUUUGGAAGAAGUUUGCCCGGACGGGUUCUGUGACAAUGGAGGAACAUGCCAACCCAAUGCUUCCAGCUACCUCAGCUCCUGCGUGUGUCCUGCAGGUUAUAGUGGGAACAGAUGUGAGACAGUGAACGAUGCCAGCCUCUCCACUGCAGUCAUUGUGGCCAUGAUUUUGGGCAUUACGGGUCUCAUUAUUAUUGUCCCUACCGCUAUGAUUGUGUGUCUGACGAUGAUGAAAAGAGCAAUGCUGGCCAGGGGGAAUAUGCAACAGAGCGCCACCAUGCGCCCAUCUGAGCGGCGCAUGGCAAUGUACGAUGCCCCACACCCUAGGAUUUACCUGAACAAAGGCUUCAGACCGUCUCGGUCGGAAUUCAUCAUCCCUUACGUCGCCCGGUCGGAGGAGGCGGACAUUCCGCUUCGCGAGAUGAUGUCGAGAGACGAAAGCCUUUACUACUAAGCUGAGUUGUAAUGAUUAUCAUUGGCCUGAACUGAGGAAAAAUCAUCGUAACUUUCUUAAAUAUAAAUACAGUUGACUAGUUGUAGGUGCCGUUAGCGACAGUGUUUGGGAUUUUUUCGCUCGUUUUUUUCCCCCAAUGGCAGUGUGACAUCAUUUCUGCCCUCAGCUCUUAUUUGAUAGAUGUAGUUUAACCUUUGACCAAGCUGCAACGGCAAGUGCAAACUAAAUAUUCCUUCUUUGCUCUUGACAGUACUGUAUCAACAUGCUUUGCCGCUUCGGAACCCCAAAUGUUUUGGAAGAGAAUAAGGUCGGAUCGGAAACACUUGGCCUACGGUCGGAUAUAACACACGAGUCCACGGGAAGUGGUUGCAGCCGCUAGCAAGUGGCAGCCAUGGGUGCGCGUUAUUCCCGGCCGUAGCCAAGUGAUUCGAUACGGCCUAAGCAAGCACCAGCGCCCUUACAAGCGAUCAAUGUUUUGUUUUGUUUUUGACAUGUAUGGUUUUUUUGCUUUUUAAAUUCUAAUAGAACUACGUACCAAGUCAUAUUUAAAUACAUUAAUUUUAUGUAGUGGUAUUGCCAUCAACUGUUAUAUUAAUGAAUACUGCCUACUUGUAUUGAAGGGACCAUGAAAUUUUGGACACCCUCUAAACAUGUAAUAAUGCGGUCUCAUAGUCCAUGUAUAGUGUUUAAUACCUGCAGAAACAUCCCUGGUACAGUCAAAAUGGACAGAGGGCUAGCUGUGGUGGCUAUAUGGUUGCAGGCCAGUAAAUAGGUCCAAAAUUGCCUGCGUCGGCCAAAUCACGAUGUACAUGCCCUCAAAUUCUUCGGUAUUGAGCAUAUUGGGGGCCAUGAACUUAAAAAAUUUAAAAAAAAAAAUAUGAGUGGAAGCCGUGCACAGGACUGUGAGCUUUUAGUUCUGU